GUCUUUAAAAGUCACUUCAGCCCAAGACGACUCACGCGCCACUCUUGGACAUUAACAUUUCAAACUUACAGUGCAGUCUUUUUAUUCCUGAGACGUGCAGAUACAGCUAUUGUUAGCUAUAUGCAACAAAGACAACUAGCAAACUGUAAUUUCAGACUGUCUUUACGUAGUGCAUCCGUUAACCAUGGAUAUAUUUUUAAAAAGCUGUCGCAAUGUGCUGAAGGGGAACGCAGAUGGCAGCCCAGGGUUCCAUGUGGUCCUGGGGAACGAGGCCUGUGACCUGGACUCCAUGGUGUCAGCUCUGGCCUACGCAUACUUCCUGUCCAAGACACUUGAUUCUGGGAAAAUUCCUCUUCCCGUUCUGAACAUUCCCCGGCAAGAGUUCCCGCUGCGCACGGACAAUACCUUCCUGCUGAGAGAGAGUGGCCUCUCCCAGGAUGACCUGGUGUUCCGGGACGAGGUGGACCUGUGGAGUCUACACCGGGCCGGCCGGCUGGACCUCACACUGGUGGACCACAACGUGCUGCCCAGCUCUGACCGUGAUCUAGAGGAAGCGGUGUUGGAGGUGAUUGACCAUCACCUCCUGGAGAGGAAGCCCUCUCCCUCCUGUGCCGUUACCGUGGAGACGGUGGGCUCCUGCACCACCCUGGUGACAGAACGGAUCAUCCAGAAAGCCCCUGAAGUCCUCGACCAACAGGUGGCCCAGCUCUUAUAUGGCACCAUAGUGUUAGACUGUGUGAACAUGGCCCCAGAGGCAGGGAAAGUCACCCCUAAAGACAGCCAGUACGCUGUCCUCCUGGAGACGCACUUCCCCAACCUGCCACCAAGGGGCGUCCUCUUCCAGUCCUUGCAGAAUGCUAAAUUUGACGUGUCAGGUCUCACCACAGAACAGAUGCUACUGAAAGACAUGAAGGUGGCAUCGGAAGGAGAUUUAAAACUGUCUGUCAGUGUGAUAUAUAUGACACUGGAGGCUUUUCUACAGAGACAAAGCUUACAGCAAGAGCUCUGUGAGUUCUGCCACAAGCACAGCUACAACCUGGUGGUGGCCAUGACGAUCUCCUUCAACAAUAACAAGGAGCCCUUCAGGCAGCUGGCCGUCUACAGCUCCAGCACCCUCUACAGGGGGGAGAUGAGCCAAGCCUUGGAGCAAGCCCGGAGCCCCAGUCUGAGCCUGAGUCCAAUGAGCAGCCCUUACUCGGACAUCAGGGCUUAUCUCCAGGGAAACACGUUGGCCUCCAGGAAGAAGGUGCUGCCCAUCAUCAAGGACUUCCUGAGGGACAGGGAGCGAAGAGAGGUGCAUUGUGGGAACCUAGAAGAGAGCUACGAGGCACCAUGGCAACGAGCAUGCACUGAGGACGCUGGGAUAGAGGAGGACUCCUACUUCCCCCCCACCCCUAUGAACAGUCUGUUGGAAGGCUGUCCCCUUGACAACGGGCUGCCCAAGAUCAGCGCUGAAGCUCUGACGGAGAAGUUCAGCAAGAUGGCCAGCGAAGAGGAGAACGCAGGGGGACUCUGAUGUCACUCACACUCCUGUGGUCAGCGGAGCAUCCAAGCUCACUAACCUGUAUAACAGCUGGAUGGUCAGAGAGCUCUCGCAACAGGAUUCAGACCAGUCAGUACAGAUUGUUUGUGACUGUGCAGGGUGUUAAGGUAGGCACAACAUUGAUCCGCUGGGACAAGGACUGGGAGGCACACUGUUCCCAAUCCAGAGGAGUAAACAAUCCACUGGCAAUCAUAUUGGAGAUGAUGGAAAUGUAUUGAAAAUAUUAGUGACACCCGUGCUUUACGUUAGUGACACCCGUGCUUUACGUUAGUGACACCCGUGCUUUACGUUAGUGACACCCCGUGCUUUACGUUAGUGACACCCGUGCUUUACGUUAGUGACACCCGUGCUUUACGUUAGUGACACCCGUGCUUUACGUUAGUGACACCCCGUGCUUUACGUUAGUGACACCCGUGCUUUACGUUAGUGACACCCGUGCUUUAUAUGGGGGGGGGCUCCCGAGUGGCGCAGUGGUCCAAGGCACUGCAUCUCAGUACUAGAGGCAUCACUACAGACCCUGGUUCGAUUCCAGGCUGUAUCACAACCGGCCAUGAUUGGGAGUCCCAUAGGGCGACGCACAAUUGGCCCAGCGUCGUCCGGGUUAAGGUUUGGCCGGGGUAGGCCGUCAUUUUAAAUAAGUAUUUGUUCUUAACUGACUUGUCUCGUUAAAUAAAGGUUAAAUAAUCAAAUAUUAGUGACACCGAUGCUUUCAUCCUUAAAUGGGAAUAAGACAUUUACGUGGGAACUCUGUUAAUGGAAAAAUGUUUCCGGGAAAUACAUUUUGCUGUAGAUUUGAGAAAAUAUAUCCACUCUCUCUUCUCCCCAAGAGUGUGUGUGUGCAGCCUAGACUAAUGUGUAUAUGAACAUUUUUGUGAUAGAUGCCUAAACCAAUAUGUGGUCUGUGUACAAAGGCAACAGGGAUCUUAAUCCAGGAGGGCAUUGAAUGUCUCUACUGUAACCAAGAAGCCUGAUCUUGACAUCUAGGCACUGUGCCCUAUACUAAUGUGUAUAGAAAGAUUUUUUUGAUAGAUGCCUAAACCAAUAUGCGGCCCCACUUUAUUUGGAUAGUCCAGCUGUAGAUGCUCUACAGAUGGUCAAACUAUCUGUUGAUAAGCAGCUGCUUACUAAGCUUAGGGUAAGGGUUAAGUCUAGGGUUAGGUUAAGGUUGGCGUUUAGUACAUAGUUAGUCUGUAGAGCAUCUACAUAUGGACUGUCCAAAUAGUGUCACUCUGCAUGAUUAUGCAGUGUUGAUUUUACAUAAUUGAUAAGCAGUUUGACGUUGAAGUAAAGUGUUUGUGUUGAAUAGUUAUUGCUAGAGAUAGCUAGACAUUAUUCCUUGACUGACUGUUUUAUUGAUAAUAAAUCAGUUUUGAAUGUUCUUCUGACUCAACACAAUUAUAAUACUGUAUCUUCUCCAAAUGAAAGAUUUUGUAUACUGCAAAUGUAUGUAAACAUAAUGAAAAAAAAUAUUUAAGAAUUCUGAUUAUAUGCAAUUGUAUCGCAAGAAGAUACUGUAACUUCCGCUUUGUGUUAAAGCACUUGGUACCAAUGAUAUUACUUUGAUCUCUUUUAUCUGAGACUAGGACUCCCCAGAACCACUCAAGGUACUUCCAGGCCUGAUGUAGUCUAAUUAAAUGACUGUUUAUUUCAUAAAAUGCUCCAAACUGAUGAGAACAGUGUUGAGAUCUAGCUAUAAUCUGCACCAAAAGGUAGAGUAGAUUUCAGUCAAGGUUAGACCAUUAGCAGAUGUUAUGAAGGACAAUCAGUUUUUAAUCAUUUGGAAACCAGCGGACUAAAGUUUUACAGUUAGAAAUGUAAUGGUUUCACCUGAAAUGUUGAAAAGGGUUAAAUAGUAUUAAAGUUUCUUAUCCUG